GACUUUUCAGUCUGUCAUGGUGUUGAACGAAAGGCAGCAGUUCGUGUUGCCAGUUGAUAAUAUUGUGGAAUAAAAAUCGAAGAAACAAAACUGCGCUAGAAUUUUCGAAGCAUAAAUCUGUUGAGAGUGCAAACUACUGAAAUGAAGUGUAUUUUUGAAGCGCAUAAACGGAGAGCAGCGAGUUGAAUAACAAGGGAAUGAGUGUCGCUGGUGAGUGGAGGAGCUCAGACCGCUUCGUCUAUGGCAGAUCCAGCUAACGCGUCCGCUGCCGCCAGCACUAGCCGCCGCAAGCGCGUGCUGCCCGCGCAGCCGCGCGCCGAGGCCAAGCGUCUCAGGACCUCGUCGCAGGAGAGCAGGAACGCGGACAGGUCUUCCAGGAAUUACCACAAAAUCAAAAGUGGGAAAUCUGGACAAUCCCAAAAUCGAAGUUCUGAAGAACCUGAUACACCAAUACUCCUGAGAUCAAAAUCCCACGGAGAGAUACCAAUAUCGUCUUCAAGUCAUAGAGACAGGAAUAAUUCAGUUAUUUCUGUUCCUAAAACGAAAAGUAAAUCGAAGCCAGAUCCAGAUCUAGACCUUGAACCUAAAACAAAGAGAAACUCUCGACAUAGCCUAAACCUUAGUCACAAACAAGACACAUCAGAAAUUAGUGUAAAGAAUAAUAAUAUUGAAGCGUCUACUUCACUAGCUAGUAUACCGUCUGAAUCAAAAAAGAAGAGGAAGCCAAGGAAAGGAUCAUCUCCUAGAAGUUCUAGUGAGAGACAGGAAGAAGACAAGGGCUCUAGAAGCACUAGGAGCAACAAUUCAAAUUUUUCUAAAAUUGAGUUCAAUUUCAAGGACAAGGCAGAGAAGACAAAGAAGGCGACAGCGGGCGGGGGCGCGGGGGAGCAGCCGUCGCGUUUGACGCGCAGCGGGGCCGUCCUCAGGCGCAGCACUCGCAGCAGCAAAGGGCACAGCUCAACGACGGGUUCGUGCGCGAGCUCGAGCGGAGGCGGCGGCAGCGGGACCGGCGCCGCGAGACGUAGCGGCGCGACAGGCGGCGCGGCGGCGGCCAGACAGCUGAAGGUCGCGCAGGCGGCGGCGCCCGCUCUCCUUUCGGCGCCUUCCAACGCGACCGCUGCCCCCCACCACCAUCCCCACCAGCAGCAGCACGCGCACGCUGCCAUGGCGGCCGAUCAUAUGAUCAGCAAAAUAUCUGCUAAAGUCACAGCUAGUAUUGGGGAACAUUUGGCAAAAAUGAAUCAGAAACUGGAUAAUAUGGAAGCUAAAAUGAAUGAUGAAUUUGCUAGAAUCGCAACUGUUGAGAAAAUGGCGAAUUCAAAUAUGAUUGACAUUGGUAAACUAUCAAACGAGGUAGAUAAUAUGGAACAAUCCAGAAGAUCAAAUUCUCUACGUAUUGUUGGAGUCAAGGAAGAAGAGAAUGAAAAUCUAUUAGCAACUGUCCUCAAUAUCAUAAAUAAUGGUUUACAAAUUAAGUGCCUACCCUCCGACAUCAACAAUAUUUUCAGAGUCGGAAAAGUCAGUGAUGUAUCAUCAAAGCCUAUCAGGGCAAUAGUUAUCGAUUUCAUUAGCUAUAUGAAGCGGAACGAAGUAUUCAAAGCCAAAAAGUCAUUGAAAGGAAGUGGAAUAUUCAUAAAUGAAAACCUAUCUAGUGUACGAUAUAAGCUGCAAGUGUUAGCGAAAAAAAAAUAUGGCCCUCAAGAAGUAUGGUCCCAAGGAGCUUCCGAGGAACCGCCGUCGCCGCAAGAAGCCGCCCAGGCCGUCCCGUCGGCGGGCGGCGCCCCUCACCCUGCGGGCGGAGGGGGCGGCCCCGACUCUGAGAGCGACGACAGCGAGGUGGGGCGGCUGCAGGCGCUGCUGGAGGCGCGCGGCCUGCCGCCCCACCUGUUCGGGGCGCUCGGGCCUCGAAUGCAGCAGAUGCUGCACCGCAGCAUGGGGUCCAACAGCUCUGUAGCAAGAGCCCAAGCCCUAAUUCCUGGUCUACAAGCCACCGGAGACGAAGGUCAACAACUUCAAGCAGUCAUCGAAAUGUGUCAAGUACUAGUUAUGGGAAACGAAGAAAUACUGAACGGCUUUCCUGUCAAACAAGUAGUUCCUGCCCUUAUCACUCUGUUAGGGAUGGAACACAAUUUCGACAUAAUGAAUCACGCUUGUCGUGCUUUGACCUACAUGAUGGAAGCCUUGCCCAGAUCUUCGGCCGUCGUGGUCGAUGCAGUGCCCGUAUUCUUGGAGAAGUUGCAAGUUAUUCAGUGCAUGGACGUUGCCGAGCAGUCUUUGACCGCCCUCGACAUGUUGUCCAGAAGACACUCAAAGGCUAUUCUACAAGCUAGGGGCGUGUCGGCCUGCCUGAUGUACCUCGACUUCUUCUCCAUCAACGCGCAGCGCAACGCUCUCUCGGUGACGGCGAACUGCUGCCUCAACCUCGCCGCCGAGGAGUUCCAGCACGUGCAGGACUCGCUGCCGCUACUAGCGUCGCGGCUCGCUCAGCAGGACAAGAAGUGCGUGGAGAGCCAGCUGCUCGUCGUCGCGCCUCCGAUAGUCAGCACGGGCACGUUCAUAACGGUGCUGCGUAUGCUGUCGGUGAUGUGCGCGAACUGCCCCGAUCUGGCGUUGACCCUGCUCAAGCAGAACAUCGCCGAGACCUUGGUGUACCUGCUGACUGGGUCGGCGGAGGUUAACCAGGAGGACGUCGAACUGAUACCGAGACAACCUCAAGAGCAAUUCGAAAUAACCGCCCUCAUCGGCGAGCUGAUGCCUAAACUACCGACCGACGGCAUAUUCGCCGUCGACGCUCUACUGGAGCGCCCUACCAGCGUCAUCAAGGACCAGCCGAUAUGGCAGUGGAGAGACGAUCGCGCCCUCUGGCAUCCGUACGGCGCAGUGGAUAGCAGGAUUAUCGAGGCUGCCCAUCUUACGGGGGACGAUGAGGUUGGUGUGAAAAAUAUGAUGUUAUUGAAUUAUCACGUAAUUCAGUCAACACUUUGA